AGUAGUAGAAAGUUAAGCGCGCGCAAUUUCAAGACUCGACGGCACAGAUUAUCAACAACUGUAAGUUACAGCCCGGUACCGGCAGCUUCAACAUGGAGACAUCAAUCAAUCUUGAUCUUGAUGACCUAAUGGGACCUGAAGAUGGAUUUGAUGAUGAUGAUGAUCUUCCUGCUGUAACAAGACUUCCUGGAUUAGAUGAUGAUGAAGACCAAGAGAACUUACUUAACACAAGUGGACAACGUAAUGAAGGGCUCCUGGACACUCUACUGGAUCCUGCUGGAGCCGAAGAAGGAGCUGAUCUGGCUGCUAAGAGAGUGGUUAACAGGAAACCAAUACCUAAGCUCGAUGCUACAAGACUGACUGGCGAGAGGGGACUCCCAGUCCUGAUGAAACACUUUGAGAAGGUCAAGUUCAAGGGCAAAGGUCACGAGGCAGCUGACCUUGAUCGACUGAUGCGGGUAAUGGAGCACUGGGCGCAUCGUUUGUUUCCCAAGAUGCCCUUCGAUGAUGUCAUUGAGCGUAUUGAGAAGCUGGGGAGCAAGAAGCCAGUACAGACAUGUAUAAAGAAGAUUCGUCUUGAUAUGCCUCUGCUGGAUGAGGAUUUUGUCACUAGAGGUGGAGAAGAUGUUAUUGAAGGAGGAGGUAAUGAGACGACUGGUCUCGGUGAUGAUUUCCCGACACCAAGUUUUCCGGGCACCCAACCACCCUCAAGCAAUACACCUAAGGUUCCAAUGACAGAUGAGCAAAGAGAACGCAUCGAACGCAACAAGAGAGUUGCUAUGGAACGUCGACUCGAGAAGCAAAAGAAAGCGCAGAGUAGCCAGAAGCCUGGAGCAUCCCAGGGUGAUGGUCUGGAUGAAGCAGAACUCAAUGAUCUCUUUGGGACAGGAUCAGCCAAGUCAAAGGUUGUAGAUAAUGAUGUGAUUGAUUCUGAUGAGGAUGAACUGGAGAGGGAGCUGUGGGAGAGUCAGAUGAUGGAGGGAAAGAAGGAGCAGAAGAAGGUUCUGCAGAAAGGGGUGGCUUCUGAAGAGGUGGAAAUUGACGUGGAUGAAGCGGAGAUGGAGAACGAGAUGUGGAAUCAGAUGACCCAGCCUGUGCCAAUGCAGUCUCAGACCAAUAGAUCAUACGAGGUAUCUAAAGUGGCUGAGAUGAGUAAGGAUAUAACUGAGGAUGAAAGUGAUGAGGAGGAAAAAGCAGUGAAAGACUCACAAUCUGUUGUAUCACAGGAUGAAGCACCUAAGGGAAUCAAGAGAAACAAGAGACUUAUCGAUGAUGACAGUGAUGAUGAUGAUGUGAUGGAGGUCGUCAAAGACUCCAAGACAGAUGCUUCACAAGUGAUGCCUUCCAAAGGAGCCAAGAAGAGGAGAGUUAUCAGCGAUGAUGAUGAUGAUGAUGAGAUGGAAGACUCCAGCAAGAUGACGCAGCUUCUCUCUCCAAAGUCAACUAAGGAUGCUUCCGAGGAAAUAACUGUGGACUCUAGAUCACCCUCAAAGUCGGAAAAGACUGUAAGAAUCAUUGAUGAAGAAACAGAGGAUGUUCUGUCUAAAGAUGUUGAAGGUAGAGAGGAUGAUACUGAGAAGCAUCUCAAGGAUGCUGAAGCUGACAUUUGCAAUCAGAUGACCGAACCAGAUCUUUCUCAAAAACCGACAGACUCAAACUCUUUUCCAAUAUCACAGGAAACAUCGAAGAGCAACAGCCAGGAUGAAGUCGUCGGUGAUGAUGCAGGAGAAGUCUGGAAUCAAAUGACAGAACAGGUCGAAACACAGAACAUAAAUAAUUCACAAGAUGAUCAGUUGUAUACGGUGUUGAAAAGCAAAAAGAAUGUUAUCAAUGAUGAUGAAACUCAGAUAGAUAUUGAUAUGUGUAACCAAGAUACAGAACCUGUCAACACUGGAAAUUCUCAUGACACUGAAUAGAAUUUUUCUUGUGAAUUGUAAGUUGAUGUAGACUGGAAAUGAGAAUUGAAAUAACAUGGGUAUUUUUAUUCUUGUACAACACGUAUACAAUUACAUCCAUUUUCUAUCAAAUGCAUCAAUUAGUUUGGAUGGUAAAAGCCCAGCCAAAGAUUAGCUAAAGGAUAAAUGUAUACUUGAGUAUCAUCUAACAUGCAAAUCUCACAGAAGUGUAGUAGCUGUUCAAUCUUUUUCAACUGCCGAUUCUCUGAAUAUUCAAAUAUUCCAUUCUCUUGAUGUUUUUUUUAUUUUCCCUAAAAGUGCUCUUUAUAUAGCACUUAUCUUACAAUUCAUACAGUUCAUAUUUCAGUGUUUGGAUAUCAUAAAGCUACAAAAAGAUUAUAUCCUGCAAAUUUCAGUCAUUUCCAUGCUUUGGAAUAGGUUGUAUAUAUAAGAAAAAAAAUAUUUUAUAUCAGGCAUCCAAUCAAAAUAAAGUUUAAUGUAAACUGCAAACUUUAUCCUGUAAGGCACAUUUUUAUUGUAUACACUACAUCAUAAUUUUUCAUAUAGGGAAUUUGAGUAGUAAUGAACACAUUUUUCAAUUUUUUUUUAGGGGGGGGUGAUACAAAAAAUUAUCAGCUGUUUGUGUUUCUGGUCAAUCUGGUGCAUUUUUUGUAAAUAAUUUAAAUUAACCUUUGAUAUUCUGUCCCAAACUAAUAUUUUUAAAGAGUACCAGUCAUUCUCUUAUUUGACAUUCCUGUGUAGGACUCAGAGCUGCCACCUAUUAUGUUUUUGCCCUAUUUAUUCUUAUUUUUGCAACCAAAUUACAGCAUUACAUUUUUUCUUCAUAAAAUAUGUUGUCAUAUUAAUUUUUUUUUCUUUUAGAUUUUUAAAGAAAAUUGUAUCUUUUGAAGAAUUCUGCCUCUUAAAACUUACACAAAAUUAGGUCAUUGGAUGAAGGUGAUUACACCAAAGGUAAAAAGGUCAUUUGUGGAACAAAAUUUCAAAAUACAGUUUUCAGGAUCACUGAAUACAGUUUCUCAUUCCCAAAGGUUGGCAAUUUGGUUGUGUUGAGAAAUUCAUUUGGGCGUGGGGUAGAAAUACCUCUUUUUUUUUGGGGGGGGGUGCCCAAGGUUGGCAGCUCUGAGGACUGGUUAUCUACUUUUUGACCCCCAUAUCCUAUCCUUUUUCAUAUACCAAUAGUACAGAAUUUGUUAUUUAAAGCAAUUUCCACAAUAUUAGUGUUUUUAUAUCAUUUACCCGUUUCAGGUGUUAUCUGUUUAUUGAUAAUCGUGUACAUGAAUGCUAUAUAAUUAAAAAAGUAUAUAAUUCAUAAGAAAGAUAAUUACGUUUGUGAUUUUUCCAUCUUUUUCUUAUUUUUUUCAAAGGAGGGAGGCUGGAUUGUAAAUAUGAUGCACUACAAAACUUAGCAAUGUUUGUCAAAUCAGAAAUUUCUUUUAUAGAUAAGUCAGAUUUUUUUUUCCUGAAAAAUAAAUUCUGAGGCAGGGAAUGUUAUAAAAAGCUGUAGGGCGAUUCCAAAAUCGGCCAUUCUCACCACACUUUUCAACCUGCUGUCUAAACAAAUGAGGAACUUCAAUUUGUUUUGUGGUAAUAAUAAAGUACAACUGGGUAGUCAUGUGAAAAAAUGACAACCAAACAACAUAUGUCAGUUGGUGAAUUAGAGGGGAAAGUGUCUUUAGUCGUACAGGACGCAGAGAUGUCCCGUACAACACACAACUUUUUCACCUCUCAACGGACAACAUAUCCCAGCCCAGCCAUGGCGUAAUUUCCUUCGGCAAGAAACUGAUCCACAAUGUGCUGCACUCAACCCAGGUGAGGUAAAUGGGUACCGGUAGGAAGUAAUUCCUUAAAAAGCUGUGUGCGCUAUGAACGCCUAGCUUAGCCGGGUAAUAUAGGAGCGCCUUGAGCACCUAACAAGGUGGAUAUGUGCGCAAUAUAAAUACCCUAUAUCAUAUAUUUGUGUUGGUAGUCUUUUUUCACAUGAAUACCCAGUAGUAAUUUUUUAUUACCAUAAAACAAAUUUUAUGCACGUUAUUAACGAUUAUAAUAUUGAUAGUGAAAGGGUUCUCAAUAUAUGCUGGAUGAGGUGAAGAUUGAAGGUGUAGAUAUUGAUCAACAUUUUUACUCUGAAAAAUUGCAGUUUAUUAUUGUAAGUAAUAUAAAAGAAACUAUUUAUACUGUUUAAUAAUAAUAUGUCCAUUUAUCUAGCGCUGUUACUCUGUGCAUAUACUCAACUGCACAUUAUUAGGUGGUAUAUUAUUACCCCGGUCGAAGCUUUUCUGCAAAAGGGGGGGGGGGAUUUUCACGAAACAGCUGUGUGGAUGCCUUGCUAUGAUUGAGAUGAUGAUGUCAGGAUCCAAGGUGCGGAUCCAUCCGGAUUAGACAAUAGGUUUGAGAGGCCAACUUGACUAUUGUGCAAAAACAAUAUGGCCUCUGAAAUGGUAUUGUGUCUAAGCUGACUGUAUCUGUGCCUGAAUGUCCCCGCUUAAAUUUCCUUGCAUCAUUUUAUGAAAUAUAAUUGAGAUUUUUUCCGUAUAUCUCAAAAAAUAUCUGUCUUUUAACAAAACAGUUACAGAUAUGAUGAUCCUUUUAAUAAGAUGAUGAGUCAAUCCCAUUUCUUGGAACAGAAAAUUACAAUAAUUGCAAUUUCAUAUGAUGAUAUAAAUAAUGAAAUACAAAUGACAAGCUGAUUGCAUUAAUUGCAUAUUUAUGGCAUUCAUAGAACAGUUUCACUGAUAUCUUUUAAAUACCAUAUAUUAAUCCUUUUCAUCCAAUUUAAAUGAAACUUCACAUUUUGCUUGUUUAACUUACUUUUAAUGAAGUUCAUAUUGAUUUAAGGCUAUCGAUUUAAAUUGCAAUGAAACUUCACAUUCUGCUUGUUUAAUUAUUAUCGUUUAUUUAAUGUCACCCUGAUUUCAGGCUAGAAUGUCCCUGAAAAGAACUCAAUGUAGGGUUUAUUCAUUGUAGUUGACUUUGUCAUGUUCCUACAAGAUAGAGCACUAAUGACCUCAGAGGCUACAUUUCCUCUUCUCCACUCCUUUCUAGUUUGUUUUUUUUGCUUCCAUGUUAGAAUGUACAAAUCUCUCAACUCUUUUUCUUUCCUUUCCCUUUCUCUUCUUUCCCUACUAUUUCUCAAUUCAGAAAUUGUCAUUCAGUGGUAGAGUGUCCGCUUCAUGAGUGGGAGGUCAUGGGUUUGAUCUCGAGCUGAGUUAUACCAAAGACUUAGAAAUGAGACCUGCCUUCUUGUCAGGCGCUCGACAUUUCAGAAUAGAGAACGGUAAUAAUAACGUGUUAUCCAGGGUUCGCAGGAAGAAAGUUCCUCAGAGCGUAAGUGGCUACCAUUGAUAAAUAAUUAUUGUGAAUACCCUAUCCAUUUUGCCAAAACAAAAUACCAAUUCCUCUACUAUUGUCAAACUAUCAAAUUUUCCUUUCCUUUACACCUCUGUCUCUUUCCUUCCCCUUCAUUGAUGUUCUCUCCUCUCUCUUUCCCAUCUCACUCCACUCACAUUUCCUCUCUUCUUCCCUUCACUUAAUUUUCCACCAUCACCAUUCCUGCCCCUCUUUCUUUCUGUUAAUUCACUGGUAGCACUGUAAUAUAGCAACAACCUUAAAGUAAUGAGGCAAUCAAAUGCAGCUUGGUUAUUGCUUAGGCAUACAUUCAGAAUGUAUUUAUUACACAUUGCUUAAAUUCCUAGAUGCAUUUCUUCAUGGUGAAGAAUGCACACAAAAAUAUCACAUAAGGAAGGAUACAUGAACAUUGUCACUUCAUAUUUUAAUUUGCAUACAUACCAAUAUCUUAGACUCCCGGCAAUCAACACACAAUCUCACACAAUUUUGUUUCCUUUUCAACUGCAGCUUUUGCUAAAACUUGCUAAGAUAAAAUUCUCAUUAAAAGGAAAUACAGUUCAGUUGGGAUUGAAAUAAAAAAAAUUAUAUAUCACAGAAAAAAAUUGAUAUAGUAACUGGCAAAGAUUAUAUAUUAAAGAUGGUUUGGAAAAGGCAUCCUAUUUUGUUUAAUUUUCAAGGUAGUGAAAUAGAAAUACUCAAAGACACUUGUUGUUUAUUAAUCUAAUGUUUGAUCUUGUUAAAUAAAGGGCUAUUAGGAAGGAUUUAAUUUUAAAAAUCAAAUAUGUAAUU